GAAGACCCAGAUCAGACCAUGAAAGUGAAGUACAGCAAAGAAGUGAGAGGAAAAGGAUGGAGGAAAAUGGAGAAAGAGGAGAAAGUGGAAAAAGUGGUUGACAUCUACGAGAGUCCCGAGACGUUGACCUGCCAUCAAGCUAAUCCCUCCAGGAAGGCCCGAGGAGUUCAGACUCAAAAGCGUCCACCAACCAUCCAGAGAAACUGCUACAAGGUUGCUACAGUAACUUUGGGUGUAGUUUGCCUCUUGUUGAUGGUGGCGAUAAGUUUUUUACUCUCUCCAUUAAUAAGUUUGAAAUGUAAAGAACAUUCCUCGUCUCAGAACCAGACACAAGAAAAACUGAACCAGAGAAUGAAAGAAUGGCAGGAGCUUCGUGAGUCAUAUUUCUACUACGCUUCUACUGAGAAGAAAAACUGGACAGAGAGCAGGACAGACUGCCAGAGCAGAGGAGGAGAUCUGGUGAUUUUAAACACCAACCUGAAAAAGGAGAUAAUUAGAAGAAUGAAGAUACAUGGAGAUUCCUGGAUCGGUCUUCAAGUUCCAGAUGGGUGGAAAAUGAAAUGGAAAUGGGUAGAUGGAUCAGACUUGGUAUUUAGUUCCUGGAAGACAGGCAUAAAUAACCGACCAAACUUAGGGUUCAAAGCAUUUACUGAUCAACAAGGACUUUGGAUGGUCGCCAAAACUGGAUUAAAAUACUGGAUCUGUGAGAAAAGAAAUAUCCGGUAUCUUGGUGAUCUUAAACCUGGAAAGAACGUUACUAACACUUAAGUACUAUAUAUAAAGAAAAGUUACAAUUCUACUUAAGACAAGCUUUUUAAGACAAGAUAAAAACAGACUGGAUGAAGAAUAUAAACCACUUAAAUACAAUUGCCAGUCUGCACUGGAACAGCUGGCUAAACGCUGCAGGUUAAGCCUUGGAAGCUCAUUUAUCUGCUGCACUGACGCUACAGGCAGCAACACAUUAUAUUAUAUUAUAUUAUGGGUAUAUAUUACAUGUCACUAACGCAUUGCCACAUGGUGAAUUCUGGAGUCAGAGCAAAGCAGAGACUUUUCAUAAAGUAUUGAGAUUGGAAGCAUUUUGUACUGCUCAAAUAUGCAAAAAUUAUUUAACUUAAGCUUAAAGUAAAAGUUUUAUUUCUGUGCCUUAAUCUGCAUUUUGAAAAUAUGUUAG